UAAACAGUAAGAUAAAACUACGGGAAACAAAGACGCAGAGUACACCGAGAACCGGAAAAUGGCGUCGAACGCAGCAGCACCUUUUUGGAGAGCAGCGGGAAUGACGUACAUAACAUACUCCAACAUAUGCGCGAAUCUGGUGAGGAACUGCCUCAAGGAGCCAUACAAAACGGAAGCACUCACUCGCGAGAAGGUCCAUUUCUCCGUUUCCAAGUGGACCGACGGAAAGCCCCAGAAACCAACUGUCCGUUCAGACACAGCAGAAGAUUGAGUUCCGGAUGCUACAGUUGUCAUCACAUGUUUCUGAAGGUUAAAAGUUAUUACGUAGAAGUUUUCUUCUGCUUUGUAGUUCAUAGACUAUGAUUGUUUUGGUUCUGUUAUGCUCAAACAUUCCGAGCAUGGAUUGGAUUUUGGGUUUGCAUGUAUUGCACCUGUAAUAAUGUUGUCAUACCUGGAAAUCUAACAUCUUGGAAAGUAACCCUUGCCAUAAUGUGAUGUCAGACUUUUUCAACGGCUAAAAAAGUUCGCAUUUCGACU